AUGCUAAUGUUUGGAAACGACUCUAGAAUGAAGCGCUUAUUAGCCAGUAGACAUAGAUGCAGAGAGUCAUUAAAUAUCAUACUUCCGAAAGCAUCUAGCUUUACCUGUUGGUUCUCGUCAGAACAUGAAAGUCCCAGGCAAACAGAUCACAGCUCACAAAAAGAACAACCUAUUCCAUGGCAAAAACCGGUUUUAACUUCUCCCAUAGCAGUCGAUCUGUGUGAAAAAUCCUUAGAAGCAGAGUACCAAAUAACUUCCAUCCCAGAAAGACACACAAGUCGGUUUUAUCACCAGAAUCCUGAUGUUCAAGCCCAAUUGGAGCGCGUUUCUCAAAGCGAACAAAUGGCCUUACUCUCCAAACAUCUUCGAAAACAAAAACUACAAGGCAUCACAGCCACAUCUUCUGUACAGUCCAUUGAUAUUGAUAUUGAUACCUCAAGUACUCCAUCAAAAAUCGAUUCUAAUGCAACAGUUUGACCAAUAUAUAUAUAUUGGCAAUGAAAUCUGUAUAACUUCUUGUUCAGAUUAUAUGUACAAUUAUUUUUUCCUUUAUUUAUUUAUUUAUUAAUCUGUUUCAUUUAUUUUUGUGAAUUUCUUUCAAUAACACAACAAUGCAACCCCCUCCCCUCUUUCUUUUCUUUCC